AUGCCCGUUAACAAGUCUACCCCUCUCGGGCUAAGCGCCCUCUUCGGCCAGCUCGAUACUAUAGCUAUCGUAGCUAACGCUAAGAAAACGAGGAUCUAA